GUUUCAGGGUAAGGAGUGGACCCGGCCAGACAGGCAAGGCCGCAUCUCCCCCGAGAUCCUGGAGUUCCAGGCAGUGCCUGUGGAGGCCGUUGACGCCAGUGGAUGUGUCAUCAACUACCAAGGCCUGGACAACAUCUUGCCACCUGCCUUUGCCCCCACAGUGGUCCUGAAGGGGCUCCGGUCCCUGUGGCUGCAGCGCUGUCCCCAUGUGGACGACUGGUGUCUCAGCCGCCUCUACCAGCUGGCUGACUCGCUGCAGGAGCUCUCACUGGCUGGCUGCCCCCAAAUCUCCGAGCGGGGCCUCGCUUGCCUCCACCACCUCCGGAACCUGCACAGGCUGGACAUCUCAGACCUCCCUGCCGUGUCCAAUGCGGGCCUCAUGCAGAUCUUGGUGGAGGAGAUGCUGCCCAACUGUCGAGUCACCACUUCAGAACUGGAGAGCUUCCUUGAGAGUCCCGAAGUUUGUACUCCUUGCAGCCACAGGGCUGAAAGUGCUGAAAAUACAGCACAAUACAGGGGCCGGAUGUGAGUGUUCCCGGAGUCGCCGUGCAGCUGCGGGCGGGGCCAGGACCCCAGGGCGGACGGAUUCCCACCCCGGCGGCCCAGGCACCAGAGAGGAUGGUGGAGGUCUCUCCUGCCUACCCCCGAGGUCUCCCAGGCUCGCGCUCCUCCACAAUGUCUGUCUCCGCCUGCCUCGCCCCCUCCAGCCCCCUUCCCCACCCUCACCAGGACGCUGGGCAGCGACCGCACCUCCCACCUCUGACCGGGCCGACCCACUCCCUCCGCACGGUCACCACCGCCCCCGCGCGACCAGGCGCCAGCCCCUUGCCUCCCAGCUUCGCCACUUCGGGGCUCUGCAUGUCCCUGGGUCACUCCAACACUACCCAGCCCAGGCUCGGGCCUGGCCCUCAGCCUCCCCCUACCCCGGACUCUCCCAGGCCCCUGGUUCUCUCCCUCCUGGGCCUGGCCGGGUCCCGUUGGCACCUUCCACGUCUCACCAGAAAACCAGCCCCAACACGCCGCCGCCGCCGGAGCCCUCCAGGCCUCCCCCGCCUCGUCCUCCCGCCUCCCUCAGCCCCGCCCCGACCCCUCCCGGCCCCUGGGGUCCUCCCAGCCUCCCGCUCCCCGCCCCUCCGGACUGGUUAGGCUGGGCUGCAGAACAACGACAACCAGUGCAGGACAACCACCGCAGGACCGGCACAGAAGGGAGUCAGGGAGGCCCCACCGGAGGCCCCGGCGGAGCUGGCGGGAGCUGGACGUGCAGGCCUCCGUGGCUCCUUUGCAGCUCCCGCAGCAUCCCUCCCCUGGGCCAGGUCAUGCACUGCCCCAAGUGCCUUCUCUGCCUGUCGGCGCUGCUCACACUCCUGGGCCUCAAAGUGUACAUCGAGUGGACAUCCGAGGCUUGGCUUGGCAAGGCCUACCCAGGGCCCCCGGGCACCCUGCCAGGCCCCACACCAGCCAGCCCUGAGCCCACCCUGCCAGCUAACCUCUCAGCCCGCCUGGGCCAGACUGUCCCGCUGCCCUCUGCUUACUGGAACCAGCAGCAGUGGCGGCUGGGGGCUCUGCCCAGUGAGGACAGCUCUGAGGCAGGGGACUGCCGGGCUUGGGGGAAUGCCGCCGCCACUGAAAUCCCGGACUUCGCCACCUACCCUGAGGACCUCCGCCGCUUCGUGCUGUCGGCAGCCUGCCGGAGCUUCCCACGGUGGCUGCCUGGAAGCGGCAGUGGCCAAGUGGCCAGCUGCACAGAUACCGACGCCCCCUACCUGCUGUUGGCUGUCAAGUCAGAACCAGGGCGCUUUGCAGAACGACAGGCCGUGAGGGAGACAUGGGGCGGUCCGGCUCCAGGAAUCCGGCUGCUCUUCCUAUUGGGGUCCCCAGUGGGGGAAGGGGGACCUGACCUAAGCUCCCUGGUGGCCUGGGAGAGCCGCCGCCACAACGACCUGCUGCUCUGGGACUUCUUCGACGUCCCCUUCAACCAGACGCUCAAGGACCUGCAGCUGCUGGCCUGGCUGGGCCGCCACUGCCCGGGUGUGAACUUUGUCCUGCUGGCUCAGGAUGAUGCCUUUGUGCGCACCCAUGCCCUGCUGGACCACCUUCAGGCCCUGCCACCCAGCUGGGCCCGAGGCCUCUACCUGGGUGAGGUCUUUACUGAAGCCAAGCCCCUCCGGAAGCAUGGAGGACCUUUCUACGUGCCUGGGUCCUUCUAUGAAGGUGGCUACCCGGCCUAUGCAAGCGGGGGUGGCUACAUCAUUGCAGGGCCUCUAGCACCCUGGCUGCUGCGGGCAGCAGCCCGUGUGGCACCCUUCCCCUUCAAUGACGUCUACACCGGCCUGUGUGUCCGUGCCCUGGGCCUGGAGCCCAGAGCCCACAAAGGCUUCUUCACAUCCUGGCCGGCAGACCACACCGCUGACCCAUGCACCCUCCAGGACCUGCUGCUGGUGCGGCCCCUCAGCCCCCAGGACAGCAUUCGGCUCUGGAAACACCUGCGGGACCCUCAGCCCCAAUGCUGAGCCUCAGUGCCUGCCCCUCACCAGCCUCUCCUUCUAGGCCUUGGUGUGAGGGAGGAGGUCCUAGAGUUGUGGCUGCCUGCGCCCCUCCUGAGUCCUCCCAGGCCAAGGGACUAGACAGCAGGAGGCAGCAGACUAUUCUUCUCUACUUUUUGUUUUUGAAAAAUAUGCACUCCCCACUUUGA